AUAGCACAAUGUCAACUCCUUCAAUGAACAUUAAAAAGUGCAGCGUUCAAAGUGGUUUUUUAUUGUUACUUCGCUCGACAAAGUAUCCUCAAGUCACAUGGACAAGAAAAAUGAGCCUUUAAUGUACAUUUAGUGAGCUGACUCAGCGUUUGUAGGUGUUUUUUGUCGAGAGAACGUAGUCGAAAGGCCUCCCACCCCGCUCUUGAUCCGUGACACAGGGACCGCUAUCGCGUUUGUUUUCAUGUUUUACUUUUCUCCUUCUCGUCUCCUGUCAUCGCAGCAUGUCACAGGGGCAGAAGAGAGCCAUCGAUCAGGAUCCAGACUAUGAGUCUAUUCCUCUACAGGCACAGCAGAAGAGACUUAAGUUGCACGAACAAGAUGCCAAGGAUGCCGCUGUCAAGAAAAUUGAGCAGAUCGUGCGAAACCAGUUCUGCAGUGAAAUUUCAGCCCGAGAGGCCGAACUGGAUCUCAUCAACAAGAGAAUCUACCAGGCCCAGAUGAUGCUGGAUCGUCUGCGUGUAGGCAUCAUCACCAAAUACUAUGCCACCGGUGGGCAGGCUGCCACUGAAAGUUGUGGAACGCCAAACCGUCGAGGUUGGGAGGACAGCCAGCAAGCCCUGGCCAGUGUACAUCCGACCGUUCGCAAGUUCCUGGGGAAGGCGCCACCUGCCCACUUGCAAACCACGAACAAGUCUGACGAAGGUCAACACCAGAAUCAUGCAGAAUUGAGAUCCUCACUCACGCUGGUCACUGAGGACUUCAAGGAAGGGAAGGGAACUGCUUCCAGGCUUGACACAAAGCUCUCUGGGAAAGAGGCGGAAACAGGAAAAGAUACGUCCACUGCAAGAAUAAGCAGGGGACCUCGGUGCAAGGACAAAGUCCGGGUUAUUGUUGGAAACGUCUCCAAGUACAUUCCACUCGACAGAAGAGAUGACGGUGGCGGGGAUCAGGCGACCCACAAGUGGUUAGCCUACGUUCGAACAGCACCGGAGGAGCGCUGUACCAUCGGUGAUCUGGUGCAGCGUGUGCGUUUCUUCCUGCACCCCAGCUAUCGGCCGCACGACCUGGUCGAGAUCACGGAGCCACCUUUCCAAGUUCAGCGCAAGGGCUGGGGCGAGUUUCCACUGCGAGUGCAGCUGCAUUUUCAUGACCGCUGGACGAAGCAUGUCGACAUCAUACACCAGCUCAAGCUGGACAAGACUUACACAGGUCUGCAAACACUUGGAGCAGAAACGGUUGUUGAUCUCUGGCUGCCUGCCUCAGCAACAAGGCCCGAGAACUCAUCCACUGCUGCGAAUGACCUCAGUAUUUCUAACGAAGGCAUGAAUAACACAAGACUAGGGAGAGACAGGAAAGCAAUGGAGUCAGCUUCAACAUCAAGCAAUGAAACCAUUGUUGCCGAGAAAGUGGAAAAUGAGCCUAAAAUUAGCACGGGUUACUGCAAAGAUAUUUUGCCAGAUGAACCAGCAUCGCAUCAUUCAGAAACUUCCAGCACGACAGAAAAUGCGCCCGCUGUGUCAUCAGCCCUGUCGACUGAACAGCCCCGUAUUUCGGCUGAACUGACGAAAAUUGAGCCUGGAGUCAGCACUGACCCUGCAGACACUGAUUCGUGUACAACACAAUCAGCGGAAGUUGAUACCUCGCAGUUACCACAAGCAAAGGGCAGCGCUGGCACGCCAACUGUUAGUGCAGUCAUACAAAUGCCAUCACCGAUCGUAUUGACCGGAACAGCUUCAUCGCCUGUCAGCAUUGCACCUAAGCCAGUACUGCCAAAGGCCUCUGUGGCAGUUAGAUCGAAUGGCGUCAUCUCACCAACAUUCGUGAAAUGCACCGAUGCCCUCGGCAGGGUGCUCCUCAUCCCAGCAACAUCACUCCUGUCAGCUUCCACUUCCCCUGUACAGCAGGCAACGGUGUCACAGCAGUCAUCACUUCUACGGCCCAGUAGUGCUGCUGGAGUAGGAACAGUAGUCAGUGAUGCAAAUGUUUCUAUCGGCACUGCAGUUUCUGCGGCUGUUCCAAAACCUUUGGGCUUCAUGCUGGCAAGUACCAGCAAUUGUGCUGCCAGUGCAUCGUCAGUGAACGUCACUACGGUUGCGGCUACAUCAGGGGCUUCCACGGCCAAAGGAGGCACUGCCGUUGGAGUGGUUCAUGAGAAAACGGCUUCGUCUUUAUCCAAAACACCGGUGAAGGCUGCUACAAUCACCGUCGUUCCAUCUAGCACGCCUCAGGUGGUAGGUGCAGCAGCUACGAAUGUUCUUUCAAACGUUGUGACUCUUCCACUUCCCAAACGCGGCCUCGCCGCUGCACCUAGUGCUGCUGGCAGUGCCGGUGUGAAGAAGAUUGUUUCCGCGGUGAGACUGAUCAGGCCUGCCCUGCCGUUUUCUGCUGUUGGUGUGAAUAGGACAGCCGUGCCUGCCGGCACCCUUCGUGCUGCCUUUCCUCCCGCCGCAGUAGGUACGAGUGGUGCGGUGCUCCUUAACACUUCUUCCAGUGCAGCGUGUGCGGUGCCUGUGCUCCCGAGCAUCAAGAGUGGAGUGGUGUCAACAGCGGCAAACAGAACAAAUUUACUCAGCAUCAUAUGUAAUAAACCGGCUGUCGCUAGUGCAAGCACGUCUGUCCCCGUUGCGCGCGGUGUGUCGAAGCAGCUUGUUGCUAUUGCUCCCGCAGCAGCAAAUGUCAUGUGUAGCAAACCUGCCUCCGAAAGAACUACAGUGGUGGUGCCGCAGGUGGCACAGUCAGUGAUGCCGUCUACUUCUAAGGUGAAAUCUGCGCCGAGCACAUCGACUUAUACGUUAGUCAUGCUACCCGGUGCUGGGGGUAGUCAAGGCCAGGUUGUCUUGCUUCCAACAGCGUCUGUGGCACCGACAGUCCCAACUCCAGUAGUUGCCCAAGAAAAGCAAUCAACUCAACCACCUGCUUCGCCGGGGAAUCAGAGUGUGCACAAGAUUGUAUAUCCUGCUGCCUCUUUGUUGGCCCAGCCUGAAAAAGUGGAUCCUGUGAAGGAGCUGCGAGACAAGAUGGAUGCUAUUAGGCUCUCUGACUUCAAGGAUAUGAGAGAGGCUCUGUUUGCGGUGGUUGCUCAUUUUCCCCUAGUCGGUGUCACAGAGUUCGAGAAGGUUAACUGCUUUCCAUAUGCUGCCACUGACGGUGCAACAUACUUUUCAUGGCCUCUGCCCAAGCAGCGUGCUUCAGAGUGGAUGCGGGCUUGUGAUGUUCGACGGACUCUUCAGCUCUUGGUGGAACGCCAGCAGCCAUCCUGGUUUUCGUCGCGUCUCCCAUCUCGGCGAGCCAUCGUCCUGCUCUGUCGUCGUUUUGGCUUCACACCCCUGCACCCUGAUGCUGGUGGUGAAAUUGAAGAAGCUGAAAUCAGCACUGUGGAUGCUGGUGCACGCAACAGCUACUCGGAGCCAAGCGAGCUGAUCUCCCAGCUUGCCAGUGCUGCAGAAGGUGCCCACGAGGAUUCAUGCAAUGUUGAGGAAGAUGUGGACAUUUUGGGGCACUAUGGAGCUGAUGAAGUUGACAGUGCUCUCGGGUCAAGGGAAGCUGGAUCAUCUUCACUGAAACAGAAUACCACGUUGCACAACGAUUCUUCACCAGAAAAGUGCCUACCACGCAAAGCGAAAGUUCACUUACCGCUGUCUCCGAAAGCUGCUUUCGUCCGAGAAGCUGCCUCUGAGGUCGGUGUCCACCUCAGCAGUUGUGAAUUAGAGCCUCGAAUCGAUGUACCUGUUGUGGAGGAAAUGAUUGUCUCCGCUUGUAAAAACUUUGCGACACAUUUGAUGAGGAGUGCACUGAACAUGGCCUUCAACAGGGUUUCUAAUGAAAGGAUACCAUCAGUAGUAACUCUAGAGGACACAUACCGUGGGAUAUUGGAAAUAAAAGAGUGCAGUUUCCUGGCAAAUGAGAGCCUCGGCAUCGAAUCGACAAGGGAAGGCGGUGGUGAUGACACCCACCUCUAGCAGCUGUACAUUCAUCCAUCCUGCAUGUGUAAUUAAAGACCAAAUUAAUUGCUGGUACCAGUGAAGAA